AGGCAAUGAAUUAAUUCCAAAUAAUAUUUAACGAGAGGAAGAAAGAUCUUAGUGCAAGGAAGAAUGCAAGCCUCGUUAUUCUCGUUAUUUCAUCACUAGUCUAGUCACCACCAACCAGAGGAGAGCAAGAAUAUAAUGAUAUCAAAUUUCUGGUCUGUUCCCAACUUUGAGAAGAUCAGCUGCUGAUAAGAAAACAUGAAUACUCCUGAGAGUCAAACAAACAAAAAGAGAAAGGCAGAUUUCAAAGUUGUCAUUAUUGGUGAUGCAGCUAUAGGGAAAACCUGUAUUGUAAACAGAUAUCUCCAUAAUCAGUUCUCAGACGAGAUGCCUAAUCAGACUAUUGGUGCCGCCUUCUUUUUGAAACAGUGGAAGUCAUCAAACAUAGCAAUCUGGGACACUGCUGGUGAAGAAAGAUUCUCUGGCUUGUCCAAUUUUUAUUGCAGAGGGGCAAAUGCAGCCAUUGUUGCUUAUGACAUCAGAGAUCGAAGAACAUUUGAUUCAAUUGAUGCAAGAUAUACACAAUUAUUGGAGACAUCUGCUGAAAACUGUACCAUUGUUUUAGCAGGUACUAAGAAAGAUCUUGUUACAAGAGAUAACAGGGAAAUUUCAGUUGAAGAUGGCAUUAAAAAAGUCAAAGAACUUGGUGAACGCUGGCAGUCAAAAUCACAUCCUGGAGAUAAGACUCCUUUCUUUGAGACUAGCGCAAAAACUAGUGAAAAUAUUAUGGAGCUGUUCGAAUAUAUAUUUGAGACACUGACACUUGAUGUGGCAAAUCCUGUUGCAAAGGAUACAAUAGAUUUUGGGAAAUCCAAUGCUACUGGUAAAAAAUGUUCCUGCUAGCUAUCUAGAUAUAAUCCCAACAACAUAAAUUGCAAUUGCUUUAGGCUAAGCAUUUAAUUUGCCCUACUCCUUAGUUAGUCAAGUUUACUGAGAGCUUUCUGAGAGCCCUUGAAAUACAACUGAAAAGAAAUGUGAUGAAAACUUUCCACUUAAUGCCUUCCAUGUUUAUCACAUUUCCUUUUUUAUUGCAUUGUUUUGAUGUUUUUUGUAGCUUCUUUCUGGCAACAUGUACACUUAAGUCACCCAAAAUGCAUGGAACGUGAUUGGUCAACUAAUAAAGGCAGUGGUUUACCCAAGGGGGGGGGAGUAAGGGCGUUUCCCGGCAUUUGCGAGUGUUUGAAGGGCGUGGUCGAGAAAAAUUUUCCGGGGGCUUGGCCCCAGACCUCCCACACUGCUGCAGCCCUGGGUAAGCCACUAAAUAAAAGUAACGCUUAAUAGAACUGUUCAGUCAGGAUUUAUGACAACUUUGGAAUUUUGGUCUGUGGUCUAUAAUAUUUGAGACGUUUUCAGGUGUGCAUGCAAAAACAUUAUUUGUGAUCAUCCAUUAAUUAGUACUUUGAUUAGAAAAUCUUAGCUGUAAUUGUUUAGAGGUUGAAGCAGAAGAAGGAGAAGAAAGAAAAAAGGUUAUUUAGUUAGUGGUUAUCAAGCCUUCGUAUGAAUUUUUUGUAUGCUUCAAAGGUAUGAAUAAUUUCUUUCUUAUUGCAGGAGUAAAUAUAUUAAUUCUAAGGUUAAGUAUUGGUGAAGCAAUUUUUAUGACAAAUACCUUAAGGGUUUAAUUGUGGGUUAUAUUUAAAAGAAGAGACAGCUUCCUCAGUUUUUCAAUAACUUUGCAGUUUUUAAUGGGAGUUUUUCUAAUUCUGAUUUGUAAUUAUGCAUAAUAUGCUUCUUGCUUACAUAUUACCCAAAGAGCUGUAAAAUCUUAUUGUGAUUCAGAAAUAUGUCGCAUGAUUUUUGUUUGUAUUUGAUAAAGGAAUUUUUGGUGUUUUAAGAAUUCUUUUACUUGCUAGUAAAAAUAUAGAAACCAUUAGGUGCAAUAUCAUUUUCUGAUGUGAAUUGCUCUCGAA